CUUGUUAUUCAAACUGAUAAUGAACACUACUUGAAGCGGAAAUUUGCGAGUUUGGCGAAUCCAGUUGGGAGCGACGUAGCGGCUGGCGCAAGCAACGGUGUUUCGGUAUCUAAGGUAUGCACAUGUCCUUAUACUUGUGUUAACAGUAAUAUAGUCGCUGAACUCGAGGGUGUAAAACUCGAUAUGACGAUUUUAGAGUCCCAUUUAUUUGCUUCAAUUUCCCAACAAGAGUCUAAGUCUGACGAUAUUAACUCACUUCGCGCUAAACAGAAGGACAUGGAGGCCAUUAUAAAUAAAAAAGACGAAGUAAUCUGCAAACUCAAUGAGGAAAUUCAAUACAUUAAGACAAAAUUAUUAUCCCUUGAGCGCGGUGGAGCCCAAAACGACCUUGCAUGCGAACAAAG